GGAGGAGCGGAGGCUUCGGGGAGCGCUUCCUUCCCACCGCCCGCACCGCCGUGCGCGGCAGCCCCAGCAUGGAAGCCAUCGCCAAGUACGACUUCAAAGCCACCGCGGAUGACGAGCUGAGCUUCAAACGGGGGGAUAUCCUUAAGGACCCAACUAAGCGAGGGGAGAUAAGGAAUCCAAUUUGUCUGUGUAUGACUCAGCCUAACGUUUUGAAUGAAGAAUGCGAUCAGAAUUGGUACAAGGCAGAACUCAAUGGAAAAGACGGCUUCAUUCCCAAGAACUACAUAGAAAUGAAACCACAUCCGUGGUUUUUUGGAAAGAUUCCCCGAGCGAAGGCUGAAGAGAUGUUAGGCAAACAGAGACACGAUGGUGCCUUCCUCAUCAGGGAAAGUGAGAGUGCUCCUGGGGACUUUUCCCUCUCAGUCAAGUUUGGAAAUGAUGUGCAGCACUUCAAGGUGCUUAGAGAUGGGGCUGGCAAGUAUUUCCUCUGGGUGGUGAAGUUCAAUUCUUUGAACGAGCUGGUAGAUUAUCACAGAUCCACAUCUGUCUCCAGGAACCAGCAAAUAUUUCUCCGGGACAUUGAACAGGUGCCACAGCAACCAACAUACGUUCAGGCCCUGUUUGAUUUUGAUCCCCAGGAGGAAGGAGAGCUGGGCUUCCGCCGUGGAGACUUUAUCCAAGUCCUUGACAAUUCUGACCCCAACUGGUGGAAGGGAGCCUGCCACGGACAGACGGGCAUGUUUCCACGCAACUAUGUGACCCCAGUGAACCGGAACAUCUAGAGAUAAAUAUUAGAGAUUAUUUAAAGAAACCAGAGAAACAGUAAAUACACAUACAGAGCCUAACUGCAGCCAGUGACCUAAAAUCACACGGCGAUAAAACCUGAGUCACCUUUCACCGUGAGGUGAUCCUCCUUCACUCAGUACGGAACUUCAGGGGGGGGGGGGGGGGGCGGGGGAAGCGUUCAACUUACACACCAAAACUUAUCUUUAAAAAAAAAAAAAAGAGAGAGAGAAAAAUGAAAAUAACAAAUUUCCUCAGCUGCUCCUGGGUUACCCCCUUUCAUUCACUCUUCUUGUUUCCCCCUCCUCCUCUGUCCAUCAGUGCAUGAAGUUUUAAUGCCAUAUAAAGUCCUAGCCAUGCAGUUAAAGGAAAAGGGAGAAACUCUGCUGGUAUUUUCUCUCUCUGCAAACGGUCUUCAUUUGACAUGAAGGGACAUGAGAGAAGAACCAAAUCCACAGUCCUGCCUUUAAAAAAAAAAACAAAAAUCAUCAGUCUCUGCUUUUGCCUUCAACAUUCAGCUCUUCUUGCCUGGGAAAGAUGAGGUGUUAAUCUAAUUUUUAUUGUCUCUUCUCCUUUGGCACUUUCUUCUGAAGCUGAGCAGCUUCCAAGCAGGGGAAGGGAGAAGAG